AUGCUUUUGAAGUUCAUCAUGCUUUUAGUUUCUUGGACUAAUUUAUUGUCAAUUGGGGGAGUCGACAGGAUCAGCAAUCUACCGGACCCUCUGAUCUGUCACAUCCUUUCAUUUAUCCCAACCAAACAGUCCGUCGCCACAUCAAUAUUGUCAACAAGGUGGAAGCCGCUCUGGACUAUGGUCCCAGCUCUUGAUUUCGAAGACACAGAAAAACGGGACCAGAGAUACCAUGACAAUAAUAACCGCAUGACUUUUAUCCAUUUUGUAUGCGGAGUUUUGGCUGUCCGCAAACCAGUCCCUUUGAAGAAAUUCAAACUCCAACUCAUUUCUCCAAAUCAAUCAAUCCAUUUCCAUGUCCGUGCAUGGAUUUAUUAUGCAAUUAGGCACGGUGUUGAAGAAAUCGAUGUCAGGCUCUUUCUUAGGCGACCAUUUGAGUUGCCUCAGUGUGUUUUCAGUUGCAAAUCACUGGAGAUUAUGACAUUAUAUGGAAUGGUUGUUCUGAAUUGUCAUUCAGAAUCUGUUUAUCUUCCGAAGGUCAAGCAUCUUCGUCUUCUCAAAGUUAAGUACGCUAAUGAGGACUCUUUUCAUAGCCUCUUAACUGGUUCCCCACACCUCCAAAAAUUAUCAGUUUGGACCGAUCAACAAGACGAUACAAUGGCUCUUAAUAUCUGUCAUCCUACAGUUGAGUGGCUCAGCGCCAUUAUUGAAGCACAAGAUCAUAGAUUUAAACUUGAGAUAAAUGUGCCCAAUCUUAAGUUUCUUAAUCUAGUCGAUUCAAUUUUCCAAUAUGAUUUGAUGAACAAAGUUGUUAAAGCGACCUUUGAUUUAUUUGAAGAUGAGCAACAAGCUAGUGACCUUGAAAAAUACAGUCACCUUCUUGGACCACUCGCUGACGCUCAUACUUUGACAUUGCAGUAUGCUAAGUCUCCCUGUUUUGAUUUCUCUCUUCCCAUGCUUAACAAUUUGAGAUCGCUGCAACUUCAAGUAAGAUGCUGCCAAUGGCAUCUACUACCAAAUUUGCUUGAAAGUGCUCCUAAUCUUGUGAACCUUAUAAUUAAUAAGGAGGAUACCGAAGGACCACAUGAGUUGAGCUGGACAGAGCCACUCCAUGUUCCCAAAUGUCUAGAAUUACGCAUUCGGAGAAUUUCUAUAUUACAAUUUAGAAGCUUGGAACAUGAAGUGAAACUCAUAAAAUAUAUUCUGAAGAAUGCAAAAGUCUUGGAAAUAAUGGACAUUCUUACUGGCUUGUCGGAUUUGGAGGAAAGUCAUCAUAUUUUCAAGAUAAUAUCAGAGUUACCAAAGGGUUCUUCUGCGUGUAAACUUUUUCUUCUCAACAAUUGAAGAUGGAACAAAUGAACCUUCCGUGCUUGCAGCACCAGAUGCCAUUUUCUUCACUCUAUUUGAAACUUCAGUGCUUGCAGCACCUGAUGCCAUUUUCUUUACUCUAUUUGAACCUUCGGUGCUUGCAGCACCUGAAAGCAUUUUCUUCACUCUAUUUUUCCUUUCCUUAAAAAGUAUAAACUAUGAAGAACUUCAACAUGGUAUGGUACUAUGGUGAUUUCAUGCUUGUCGUGAUUUAGUGUGUGGUUUAAUAAAGUUAUAGGUGGACUUCUGAAAUGAAAAGU